AUGGACAAAUACUCCAAAGCCCUGGAGCUCAUUGACGCCGCCCAUGCGCAAGACCCCAAAACCAUCACCCCUCCGGGCUCCCCCACACCAAUCCCCUACGAGCUCCACUAUGCCAACAAAAUGACCAAAUACCUUUCCCUCCGCUGCCCCUCUGCGCCCGAGACCCUUCGUCUCGCGAUUCGUGCCCAGCACCUCAAGCGCUGGGAGAUCCCGCGGUCUUCGUAUCCUAUGACUAAAAUCGGGUACCAUUCCUGGCGGAGCGGUCUGCAGAAGCGGCAGGCGGAGAUCGCGGAGGGGUUCUGUUUGGAGGCGGGUUAUUCGGCGGAGGAGGCUGGGAGGGUGGCGGCGUUGGUGAGGAAGGAGGGGUUGAAGAGUGAUUCGGAAACACAGGUGUUGGAAGAUGUGGCUUGUUUGGUAUUCUUGGAUGACCAGUUUGAGGAGUUCGAGAAGGGGUAUGAAGAGGAGAAGGUAUUGAGCAUUUUGAGGAAGACCUGGGCUAAGAUGUCGGAGGAGGGGCGCAAUUUGGCUCUGAAGAUUGACAUGUCUGAGAGGGCGAGGGGCUUAGUUGUCAAGGCUUUGGAGGGCUAA